AUGACUCCGGCUAUAGGAUGCACUCUGGUGGACAGUGGAGAAACACUGAGUAUCACAGCUCAUACAGGAGAGUCAGUACUGCUGCCCUGUUCCUGCACUGAUCUAAACUCCACACCUGAUACAUUCACCUGGAGGAAACUCAGAAAAAACAGACAGGCCUGGUACAAGAUAUCCAGUGAGAGUGAUCAGUACAGAAACAGAGUUCAGCUGUUUAAUAAUCUCUCUCCAGCUAAUCUCUCUCUACUCAUAUCACACCUGACUGAAGAGGAUGCAGGAGAAUACAGAUGUUAUGUAAAACAGAGUGAAUACAUCAACAUCAGAGUCACUGCUGAAGGGGUUCCAACUAAAACUAAACAGCCCUCUACAGUGAUCCCCAGGCCAACCAGCCCAAGCACUUCAAUUACACCAUCCCCUCAAAGCCCCACUGCUGAACACACCACCAUGGCUCCGGCUAUAGGGGUUCCAACAAAAACUAAACAGCCCUCUAGAGUGAUCCCCAGGCCAACCAGCCCAAGCACUUCAAUUACACCAUCCCCUCAAAGCCCCACUGCUGAACACACCACCAUGACUCCGGCUAUAGGUUCUCCUCAGUCUUUCCCCUUCGUCCCGUUUGCUUUGGCAACAGUGAUCUUUCUCCACAUUAUAGUAGCUGUGGUUUACUGCACCAAGAGAACCAAAGCUCAGUCAGAUCCUGCUAGAGUUCAUUACAGCACUGCUGAUGGAGAGGGAAUGGUCAGUUUGGAGUAGAGCACUUCUGCAACUUCAGCUUCUCAAAAAACAAAGUGAACUGUUUUUUUGUU